AUGGGUGAUUUUGUUAUAAAUAAAUUCGAUGAAGAGCUUGCCAAAUAUAAACGCUUUGAAAAGGAUCGCGAAAAAAAUAUUCGUAAUCGACAAAAACUUGAGGGACAGUUAACGGAAAAUAAACUUGUGAAAACUGAGCUUGAUCUUCUAGAAGAAGGUGCAACAGUAUACAAAUUGAUUGGACCAGUGCUAUUUAAACAAGAUCUUACCGAAGCAAAACAAAAUGUUGAAAAACGUAUAGAUUAUAUCAUAGCUGAAAUAAGUCGACUAGAACAAGCGAUAGCAGAUGCUGCAACAAAACAAGAAAAUCAGAAGCAAACAGUGAUGAGGUUACAAAAUGCAGUAACUCAGCGGUUCCGGACUAAAUGA